AUGUCCCAAAUCGACCCUUCGGACGAGAAGAAGGUGACGCGAAAGACGUCCAUCACCGGCCACGACUCCUUCUCCGAACACCGUCGUUCCUCCUCCCAAGCCUCCGAGAAUGUCAAGUCCGUCCGAAACCUCAACGCCAAGCUCGCCAACCCUCUCUCCGGCAUUCCACACGAACGCCUCAUGGAAGAUGCCGCGGCCUUCGCUCGCACCCACGGGCUCGAACAGUAUACCCACACGAUCCAGAAGGGCGCCCUCGUCGCCCAGGACCCCGCCGCGUUCGAGACCCUACCGAUGCUCGACGACCACGACCGGCACAUGCUCCGCCGCGAGUUCACCCACAAGUGGGACCAGCCGUUCAUGCUCUACUAUCUCGUCGUCAUGUGCUCCCUCGCUGCUGCCGUCCAAGGGAUGGAUGAGUCCGUCAUCAACGGCGCAAACCUCUUCUUCGCCAAGCAGUUCGGCAUCGACCCCGGAACCGGCCCCACCUCCGGGAGUAGCAAAAACCAGUGGCUGCUCGGUCUGGUCAACUCGGCUCCUUACCUUUGCUGCGGGCUCAUCAGCUGCUGGCUGACCGAUCCCCUGAACAAGUGGCUCGGUCGCAGAGGCGCGAUCUUCGUCACCGCUAUGUUCUCCUUCCUCACUUGCAUCUGGCAAGGUGUAACCAACUCCUGGCCCCAUCUCUUUAUCGCUCGCUUCUUCCUCGGCUUCGGUAUCGGGCCGAAAAGCGCGACCGUGCCCGUGUACUCUGCGGAAUGUGCACCACCUCUCAUUCGUGGCGCGCUCGUCAUGAUGUGGCAGACGUGGACCGCGUUUGGUAUCAUGAUCGGAUACGUCAUGGACAUCGCCUUCCAAAACGUCCAUGACCCUCCGCACAUCACUGGGCUCAACUGGCGACUGAUGCUCGGAAGCGCCGGAAUUCCUGCGCUGUUCAUCGCCGUCCAAGUCUUCUUCUGCCCGGAGUCGCCACGUUGGUACAUGAUGAAGGGCCGCUACCCGGAAGCUUUCAACUCCCUCCGCCGCCUCCGUCACACUGAGCUCCAGGCUGCGCGCGACCUCUAUUACAUUCACGUGCUGCUCGAGGCCGAAAAGGAGGUCGACCGCAAGACGCGCAACAAGUUCCUCGAGCUCUGGACGAUCCCGCGCAACCGUCGCGCGUCGAUCGCGUCGACGAUCGUCAUGUUCAUGCAGCAGUUCUGCGGCGUGAACGCGAUCGCGUACUACUCCUCCAACAUCUUCGUCCAGGGCGGCUUCUCACAGACCUCGGCCCUCCUCGCGUCCUUUGGCUUCGGCGCCGUCAACUUCGUCUUCGCCGGACCCGCGGUCUGGACGAUCGACACCUUCGGACGACGGAACCUGCUCCUCGUCUCGUUCCCGCUCAUGGCGAUCUUCUUGCUCAUGACCGGGUUCGCUUUCUUCAUCCCCACCGAGAGCCCAGCGCACGUCGGGAUCAUCGCGCUUGGCAUCUACCUUUUCACGGCCGCAUACUCGCCGGGCGAGGGGCCGGUGCCGUUCACGUACUCCGCGGAAGCCUUCCCGCUGUACGUGCGCGACGUCGGCAUGUCGCAAGCGACCGCGCUGCUCUGGUUCUUCAACUUCGUCAUCGCGCUCACCGUCCCCGCGCUGCUCGGCGCCUGGACGCCCCAGGGCACCUUCGGCUGGUUCGCAGGCUGGAACAUCUUCGGCUUCUUCGCCGCGCUCCUCUUCGUGCCCGAGACCAAGGCGCUCUCGCUCGAGGAGCUCGACCAGGUGUUCAGCGUCCCGACGCACACCCACGCCGCGUACCAGGUCCGCGCGCUCGGCCACAACCUCCGCCGGCACGUCCUCCGGCAGAAAGUCGGGGACAUGCCGCCGCUGUACGAGCACGAAGGCGCGAUCGGCGACAAGACGUACGCUCCCGGGGGCGUCGGCGCGGCGUGA